UGAGAAUUCCAGCUCACACACAAAAACUCAUCCGAAAAAAAAAAACCCAACUCGGGGAGGGGAUCUCGUCCAUUCUCCUCGGAAAUGUUCACAAUGCACUGUCCUACUGACUCAAAAGAUCAGGGACUUUGGAACAAGAUGGGUUCAACGUCCGGAGCGUUGGGCCGCUACUUCAACAUCGGGGAGCUGUGGUUCGUAGAGCUUCCAGCGCGGGCGGCGCAGACUUCAACAACGCGGAGUCUAGGGGCCCUUUGCCGAGGGCCGCCAGCGUGAAUCUCCGCCCAGCGCGGCCUGCGGACUUCGGGAGCAGUGGACUCCGGUAGGAGGUGCCCGACCCAGAUGUCCAAGCCGCUGAGGAGGUCCUCCAGUCCCGACGUCGGACUUCCAUCUCCCCGUCGAUCGGGCCUGAACAUCGGGCCGCCCGUAGCGGCAACAGCGGGGGGUUCGGAAGCCCCCCCCGACCACGGGAGGACAACAGAGGAGGAUGACUGAAUUUUGGAGCCUUCACUCACAGUGGGAAGUUGAUCCCGCUGUGUCAGAUUCAGAUUCAGAUUCAAUUUAAUUUUUUUUUUUUUUUUUUUUUGUGUGGGGAUGUCUGUGUUAAAGACUAUCGUGUCCUGUGCUCUUUCUUAUUUAUUUGUAUGGCUGUAUGGCGACCACACAUUUCACUGUACCAAUUGGUACAUGUGAGAAAUAAAUGUCUCUUGUAUCUUGUACGCUGACAUUGUUUUACUUGCAGAACUGUGAAAUAACAAAAUAUAAAAUGAUUUAUUAGGUUUUGUGAACUCAAUUUUCAUGGUUGAUGAUUCAAUGUUUUCCUUGUUUCUCUUUGCUCCCAGAUUCAUGUUGGCCAAAGGACUGAAGCGCAAGCUGAGUGAUUACGAGGGGAAUAUGGCCGGUGUCCCUGGUGCCUUUGAUUCGAACCCAGGGCUGCCCUACACUUUGCAGAGACAGUUAGUACUCAACAUGUGCCUCGUCAAGUUGCAAAGCUGCAGAAUGCUGGUGGAACCCAACCUGCAUCGUUCUGUUCUCAUCGCCAAUACUGUACGACAAAUUCAGGAGGAGAUGAGGCAGGAGGGCAGUGGCAAUGGACCAACUCCAAUUCCAGACACACACAUACUAUGUCAGGGCAGUAUUGAAAUAACUGGAUCACCUCCACUAAAUGCCUCUCCGGAUGCGAAUGGCUCUUCUGAUUCUUCAGAAAACCAGAUUGAGAAUGCGCUGGUGUUGGUUUCGGAUAAUGAUAUGUCGUCUGCCAUUUCAUCAAUCCUCAAAGAUUUGGAUUUCAUGGAGGACAUCAGCCCAUCUCCUUGCCCAACACCUGCCGGUGAAUGCGAUGGAAAUGUACCCUCACCUUUUGAAGACCGGCCCCAAGAGACACGUCCCGUGGAAACAGUGUUCGGCUCUUUUGAAAUCAGCAAUUCAACAAGUUACCUAACAGACCUUGCUUUCGACGACAUCUUUGAAGACAUUGACACGUCCAUGUAUGACUCAGACGUGUGUUUACUUCCAUCGAUGUCCAACAGAUCACCGCCAGCUGCUGCAGAUGAUGUUUCAAAACCCUUUCAGUUCUGUAAUCAAACAUCCAUGAACACCAUUCAGAUCUGUCGAGUAGACUUAAGUGAUCUGGAUCACAUCAUGGAGAUACUCGUAGGAUCUUAAUUCAAGUUCAAGUUCAAGUAUUGGGCGCUUGUCUUCCUAAUUACAUCAAACUGUUUAAUCUGCACCAGUAUUGAUGGACAAAGUCGCCAUCUGAACCAACGAUAAUUUAACCUUUCCAUAUCGUUGUGUAAAUAGAACAAUAUUCGACUACAAGGAACAUCUAGGAAAUCAGCAAUAUGGUUCUUGGAAGGUGGACUGCCGGCCAGUGUUGACGACAUUCUGACUUGCAAACCAGAAAUGUGGCCAUAUUUGUUUUUUUAUGGUAUAAGAGUGUUUUUGGAAUUCAGGUACUUCUGCAAGACGGAAUAUCAAUUCAAUCAACUAGGUUUUCAAAAGAGACGAAUUAUUUUGUUUCCGCACACCUACUGACAGUUUUCUGUCCUCAUCGGAACCGUGGGAGAAACUAAUAUUUUAAAGCCAUCUUGAUGAGCACAUUUAUCCUAUCAACUGGGGCACAUAUUGUGUUAUUUCCCUGAAGGUUUUUUAUAAGGUAUUCUUAUACCAACAAAGGCACCUUUAUCAAAAGGUUACAGGAAUGACAUUUAAGCUAUUUAUUUUUUUAGAAUUUUAUACUCUUAAAUCUCAAUGUUUGUUGUGUGUUUAUUUUGAGUCUGACAUGUUUUGCUGUUGGAUUUGGCUUACACUACCUCUCCCAUGAUCUAACAAAGCUUUGUUGAAGAAAGAUAUGCUGUACGUGAGCAGAUGGCCUUGGAUUUUGAAUGAUGAAUUGUUUGAGGAAAGGUUACUUUGUGCAACAUUUCUUCAUGAAUGUCAAAAUCAACUUUAAUAUUUAUAUUUUGUUGUUAAAGAUCUUCAGUAUCAGGAAACAUAGUAUUAUGGAAACCAUUUGCUUGGUUUUGGGAUUUACUAUGUUGGAUUAAAUUAAGUGCAUUGGAGGACUACAUACUACAGGAGAGGAGCCAGAGAAUGAUUCUGUCGUACUGGAACUGGAUGCUCUGCCCUCAAAACGAAUGUAUUACUUUUUCAUUUCUGUUCCCGAACAUGACCUAUCCCAAGCUCUUCCAUAAAUGACAGUAGAGGGAAUGCACGUGGAUGGGAAUAAGGAAGUCUACAUGAAAAUUAAACCAAUUUGUGUUGGGAGAAUAAGCAAUCAUUUAGGUCGAGCAGAUUUUGUGAUUCAUACGCAGAAUUGGAUCUAUCAAUAAAGUGUAACGCUUUAAAUUAUCACAGUAAACUUAAACACUUUGCUGAUCGUGUGCCUGUUUUAAAUUGAUGCUUUCUGUACACAGAAAUUCAUAACGUUUCAUCUCUGGAAUAAAUGUAAUUGAGAAAAGG